AUGGUUCUACUCCUCUUAAUAGCGCACAACAACAGCUCAGACCCAGCAAUGGUACAUCUCCUCUUAGUAGUGCACAACAACAGCUCAGACCCAGCAAUGGUACAUCUUCUCUUAAUAGUGCACAACAACAGCUCAGACCCAGCAAUGGUACAUCUUCUCUUAAUAGUGCACAACAACAGCUCAGACCCAGCAAUGGUACAUCUUCUCUUAAUAGUGCACAACAACAGCUCAGACCCAGCAAUGGUACAUCUCCUCUUAGUAGUGCACAACAACAGCUCAGACCCAGCAAUGGUACAUCUCCUCUUAGUAGUGCACAACAACAGCUCAGACCCAGCAAUGGUACAUCUCCUCUUAGUAGUGCACAACAACAGCUCAGACCCAGCAAUGGUACAUCUCCUCUUAGUAGUGCACAACAACAGCUCAGACCCAGCAAUGGUACAUCUCUCUUAG